CUGUACCAGCGCAAACGUUUUGAUGAGAAUUUCACGACUGCUAGAGUUCCAUGACGAAACGAAGGGCCAUUCGCUCGAAAGUCGAUGCGAUGUGCAAACUCGUAACAUAACGUUCCUAACCGUCCCCGUUCAGCUUUUCGUUUUCUUUCGUCCAGAAGCCACCAGUUGCUGUGUUAUAUCAGAUCAGAUCAGCUCAGCUCAGCUGGCAAUUCCUUGCUGCUGCAAAUCGAGAACGCGACGUGAGCUGCCUCCUCCACCGAGCGCCUGAACUGAACUGAACUGAACUGAACUGACGGUGCUCAAGCUCAAUCAUGUUGCUGAUCAUGCAUGGUGAAAUCUAAAGCAAGGGGGGUUGAGCAUGCUGUGUACUAGUACAUGACAAUCGACUGUCUUGUUCAAAACAGCCGGCACUGCUAUGCUCGUGAUGUCAAAAUCAGCUUUUCGCUUCAAGUCAGCGAAAAAUUUGUCUGGAAACAUCGGUACGAAUUGCAUACACCCAAGUCUUAAGAACCAUCACGAGCUGCACAAGAACCUGAUCACGUACGCGUUCUUUGGAUCUGGCAUGCAUGCAGCCAUUGGUUGGAAUCAUGCGUGGCGUGUGGCCUUUCGGAUCUUAAGGGAUACAUUUUUUAAUAUGGGCAUCUUAUCAAUGAUUGUAAGAUCAUUGAUAAGAAGCCCGCAGUUGCAAAGAGAACGGCAUUCAUAGAGAAUGAAAUUCUUUUGAGUUCAGUUGAAACCAAUAGAUUCAACCAUGCCACAAAGUCCAUCUCCAUACAUAGGUUCUAAACUAAAUGAAUAUAUAUAUAUAUAUAUAUGGGAAUGUUCAAAAGAUCACAUAAAUUGUUAAAACAAUCACAAACGUAUGUUUA